UUGGUAUAUGCUUUCAUCAAUACAGAUCAUACAUGCCCAUUUUUCCAUCAAUAUAUCAUCGUUGUCAAGUUAGCUAAAUAAAUUAAUAAGAGGCUGAUACUGCAUUAGUUUGGGAUUAAUCCAAGCCAUAAGUUUGGUUGUUAAGUUAGUAACUUUCACACCUACACCCUUGCAAUCCUUAUAAUUACAAGUACCAGCCCUGCAAGUCCACAUAUUUUUAAAUUUUUUUAAUAAAUAAAUAAGAGGGAUUGUGUGGAAAGUAUGUGGAGUUCUUAUCCACUGUCUCGUUGGAUUUGUACUACCAUCAAUAGCAAGUGGAUAACACCGAAUCUCAUAAUAAAUACCAAGUCACCAGCUUUUUGACAAUUCAUUGAUUGACCAAUGGAAAAUUUGUAAUCUUUUUUAUCUUCAUUUCUUGUUCUUCUUCGUUAGAGCUGAAGGAGCAUGCAUGGUGAUGAGAAUGGAGUCUUCAUUGAAGCUACAAAGCAAGCAUGGGACAAUGGAUGAUGAGGUUGAGGAUGAGCUUGGUUCAUUGUCUUCUUCUUCAUCAUCUUCUUCUUUCUCUGAUGAAGAGUGUUCAAGCAGUACAUUGACAUGUUCUUCAUCUUCUGAGUUUUUGGAGGAUGGAGCAGCUUCAUCUUCUUUCUUAGAGAUGUCUUCUCUUAUAGCACAACUUCCUCCAAUGAAAAGAGGUCUUUCAAAACAUUUUCAAGGGAAGUCCCAGUCAUUCACAUCUUUGGCAAAUGUGAGAAGCUUGGAGGAUUUGGUGAAACCUGAGAGACCAUUGAAGAAGCUCAAGUCUUGCAAGAGCUUUGCAGAUGGUUUAGAUAGCAAGAGAGCACCCUCUACAAAGAAACCUUUGAAAACACUUACUGCAAAGAAAUUUCCAGUCACUAAUUAAGAAGUCCUCUGAACAACAACAACAACAACAACAACAACAAACCUUUUUGUUUGGUUGAAAUGCUCUGUAUAAUUAUCCACUGUCGUUCCUUGCGUGUGAGUGUGUGUGUUUGUGUGUGGGUAGAGUACAUACUAGAACAUACUUGUGAGUUCAGUGAAGAAAUGGGUGUUUUU